AUAUAAUUAAUAAGAUCGAAGUACAAAAACCCUUGAUGAAAAUGAGCCCAGCAGCAAAUCCGACAUCAAGAUGGUGCCCAACACCGGAGCAGCUCAUGAUUCUUGAAGAGAUGUACAGAGCCGGGACCAGGACACCUAAUGCCUCUCAAAUCCAGCAGAUCACAGCCCAUCUCUCCUUUUAUGGCAAGAUAGAAGGCAAGAAUGUCUUCUACUGGUUUCAGAAUCACAAGGCCAGGGACAGACAAAAGCUUAGGAGGAAGCUUUAUAAGCAGCUUCAGCAACAGCAACUGGUUGCUUACCAUCAGCAGCAGCAGCAGCUCAUGACUACUACUACUACUACUACUAAUAAUAAUAAUAUUACUAGUAAUGAUAAUAAUAAUAAUAUCCAACGAAACCAUAAUCAUUUUCUUGGCUACAAUAACAACUUUAUUGACCAUCAUCAGUUUUCAGCUUCUGCUUCUUGUGCUUUUCGUCAACAACUUUCUUGUUAUAACUCAUCAAUAUCAGCAGCUGGCUUUAUCCCCCAGGUACUCGAGGGAGGGGUUGAUCAAGAUCAUGCAUCAACUGAUCACUUGAUGAACCACUCAUGGAAAGUGGAAAUUCCUGUUAAUCAUCAGAGGAUUGAGAUAAAUGAUAGUUCCAUGGUGAGAAUGUACGAUCGUGAUUGGAUGACGAUAAUGGAUCAUCAUCAUCAUAUGGGCCCACCUCCUUCUCCUUGUUGCAGCAGAAAGCCCCUCAAGACCCUUGAGCUCUUCCCCAUCACAGCUACUAAUCUCAAAGAAAAGCGUACUGAGUCACCCCAGCCACCUAUGCUUCAACUCCCUCCUUCCACACUUCAGCCAAAAAUAACCCCAAAAUAAAAAAUUAAAAGAAAAAGAAAAAGAAACCGUCUCAUGAAAUGGCUUUCUUUCUCGCUCUAGAGCUAACUAGGAUGAUGCUACAAGUAUAGCAAGGAUUAAAUGUGUCUGUGACUUGUUCAUUUUCUUGGUUUCUGCUAUUUGUCUCUAGAGCUCUAGGUUGAGAAAGAUCUCAAUUGUCUAACGAGUAAUAGGUUACUGCUCCUACUGUCCUACUACACUACCUAUAUAUAAAGAAUGCCUUGUUUGAUGAUGAUGUUCACCCUUCAAAUAAUUUAGAAAAAAAAAAAAACUUUUGUUUAUUAUUGGUAUUUGUAUUUUUGCAUGGAGAGGGUUGAAAGAGAACAAAUUAGUACCGAUGUAUAUGCGCUGUUGAUGACUUCAUCCGUAGUUAGAAUUCGUAUAUUGAUUGGGGUUGGAAAAGGUGUUUGUUUUCUUUGUAAUUUCUUCUGAGCUUUGUCUCAUUUGCAUGUGAAAGCUGCCAAAAUGUAUUUGAAAAACCCCCAGUACUUGAUGGACAUAUGUGAAUGUAGUAAUCACCAAAAGAGUG